AGUCCACAAUGAAGACAACGUUCCCCAACUGCGGCAGAGUGUAGACAGCUGAGCAUGACAUCUUUGUCCGAGAGUGGUCCUGGGUCAAAUCGUCAGUUUUUCAAGCCCAUUCCAGACUCUAGAGACAUUUACAUUGCUUCGAGGAUUGUCCGGAGUGCCUGUGCUGACCUCACGACCUCACCGCCAUGUGACGUGUGGGAGACAAGGCCAAAAGUCAUUCAGAUUAAGACCGAGCGAGAAGAUUUUUCUCGGGAAGUCAGCCUGUCGGAGAAGAGGACAAGGUCGAUGAGAUCGUCCCCGGGAGUUGGUAUGGCUCCUGGAGAGCUUCACGCCGAGCCAUCGUCUGUUCGGGAACGGAACCCGGUGUUUGAGAGUGGAGACAGGAAUACGUCACCAGCCUUCCGAGACAGGGUUGGUUCUGUCCCCGAAACAACAGCCAAGUCCGAUUUCGAAGGUGACGAUGAUGAGAAAUCCAAGGUCGAUUUGACUCGCCCAGCUGAGUCGUCGGAGGGAAAAAUAGAUAUCCUGCCAAGUAGUGACAAUGAUGCUGGUCGCAGUGUGACAAAGGACAUGUUUUCGGAUACUCAUGAGGCGUUUCUCUCGCGGACGAUAGCGGGGAAAAAACACACCGACGUCAACACAAGCGGCCGUGAAUCUGGAGGAAACAAUUCUCUGGACGUGAGAGAGAUUAGGCGCGACCACGAGGACUGCACACGUCGGGAAGAACUCUCCUCAGGUCGGAGCGGAAAAUCCCCUCUGCUUUCUUCAGCAACGUCGAGGUUACCCGAAGGUAUGGACGAAGACCCCGCAGUGAUAGUCUCGGAGUCGGUCAGAAAUCGUCUGGAUCGGGCUGAUGGUCCUUCUUCUGUUCCUCCGUCUGGCAGAUCAACACCGCAGUAUUCACGGCCAAUUUCAAGACCACACUCAGUCAGCUCAAAUCUCACUAAUUGUCUAGGACAUCUGAGCUUAAGCGAACGCCCCAGAUCGGCGGAAAGUUUUUUCACUGGCCAGAAUGAAGCCUCACGAGAAGUGAUAAUGGCAUCUCCUGCUAUACCUGGCCCUAAAUCGAACGAGCUCGUCGUAUCUGAGGUAAAGUUUGAGCCGAAGGACUAUAACGAAAUGCCGCUGCUUCAUGACAAACAUCAAUCUGUGCGCACCGACUGUGAUGCAAAGAGCUCGCGUAUUUCCACCACGUCUAUCCCAGACGGACACUGCGUGAAGGAGUUUAUCCCUUUACAGACGCCUUCAGGCCAAGUGCUCGACAUGACCACCCUCGAGGCGUCACGUGACCACGAUCGUCUCUGGCACCAGCACACCACUCAGGAGUUCUCUCUCCUCGCCGACUUCCCGGAACAGGAGGAUCGGUUGAAUGGAAGCAUCAGGUGCAGCGAUUCGCCUCCUGUCCACCACCCGACCAGGCCCGCCGAGUCCUGGUCAGCUGAAGUCGUUGACCACUCGGGCAUGUUCGGCCCUGGCAUCUCAGACAACUGUGUGGUGUGUGGGGAGGUAGCCAACGGGAACUUCUUUGGCGCCGUGGUCUGCUUGCCGUGCAAGAGUUUUUUCAUCCGGUGUACGAAAGACGGAGAGCCUUGCAUCUUGCAGCAGUGCGGCGGCAACUGUGACAUCAAGAAGCAGCUGAGGAACCGAUGCCAGUACUGCCGCUACCAGCAGUGCCUAGCUAUGGGCAUGACCAGAAAAGAAAAACCGGAGUCCAUCAUGCCUCAAGAGGGUCAGGAACUGUGCAAAGUGUGUGGGGACUUGGCCAAUGGCAUCCAUUUUGGUGUCUACACCUGUGAGGGCUGCAAGCUAUCAAGAUGGGUCGGCCUCGAAAGCUGUAUCCAAACAGAAAUGCCAUGGAGUCCAUGAGUGGCACAGACCCGAGCGGCCGAUCGUCCUAUUGCCCUAUGACCUCCGAUGAAGUCAAGGACCCCUUCAGCCAAUCACGUUACACAGAUUUAGCCCCUCGCACAAAAGUUUUCUCUCAGGGUUACACGAAUGAUGACGACGUGCAUUUCUGGGCGGAUUCUAGCGCGUCACGUGACCUGGAUAUUAUUGAGAUGAACGAGCGUUUGCCCGGUCACAUGGUGUCUAGUCAGGGGCCAGUUUCCUUGUCGGGUCAGGGUGGAAGUGGAGCCAAGCUCAGAGAUGGCAGCUUUGUGGAAGAGUGCAGAUCUGUGCUACACUCUGGGGUAGGGCGAGAGGAGGGCAGACACGCCCAUGGUGGUUUAGUGAACGGAAGACUGGCAGAGAGCAACAGGUCUUAUACCUCGUCGUCGACCUCAGAGCCAGUGAACUACGAUAGGCACAGUCCUGAAUAUCCGAGCUAUUACAGAUCACUUCCUCUCCAGACAGGAAAAGCGGUACCUCUGCCCUAUGUCGAGAAACCGCAAGAUCCUAGGUUCACUUCUUUCCCGGCCCCGCCCCACCGUGAUGCCGCCCGUGAAAUACCGAGGUCUGUACACGGUGCUUCCAGUCAUAUGUAUCCCAUUGUUAAACGACCCGAGGAAAUUUUCUCUGGCACCGAUGACAGGAAUUCUACAGAGUUCUCCCAUCAUGCAGCAAGGCAGGGGGACUACAUGCCUGCCACUGAGGGAGGAAGAGGGGUCCACCAGGGGCAUCCCAAAGAGAUUUACUCGGUCCACCCAAGGCAAAUAUUGUACAGACAGCUCAACAGUAGCAGAAAUAACAAUUUUUCAGGUCAGACAGAACGUUUAAGUGCUCAUGACCGGCCACCCGGUCAUAUGACUAGACGAGACAUGCCGCCAUUAGUGAAGUUGUCUCCCACAUCCGGGGAACAGAUUCUUCCCUGUUCCUCGUCUCGUGCAGAGACAGAGACCAACACGGUGCAGGAUGAUGUCAGAUAUUUCCGUCCUUCGCAAAGUCACGUGUCAUCUUCUCAAACUGCCAAUGGUAUGGUUUCUUCUCCAUCGGCCGGCCCGUCCAGAAAACAUUCCUCACGCAACGGUAACGUCUGGGGUACGCCCUCAGAUCCCAAAAAGAUGAAAUAUGAAGCAUUAGAUUUAACAGUCAGUUCUAAACCAUGUGAUCUCUCUGUGAGUAAAUCAGCAAGUCCUUACGAACAUGACCAGAGUCAAAUCAACGACCGUAGGCUACAAUAUCAUGUCGACGACGAAUCAAACUAUCCCAAAAGGAAAGGUGAAACGUUCUAUGAGAGACGAGAAGAGUCUCAGCAAAAACCACAUCACCCUACCUGUAAAGUUCGCAGACUGAAUUCAAAUAGUAUGACUGAACAGAAUGAAAAUGGCCGUCAUUUUUCUAUGGAGCCGAGAAAGGACUCUUCUCCACGGUCCCCACCUGCUCUGCUUCAGACGCGCGGCUAUGUAUACGUGGGUUCUGGCCCUCCACCCCACACUAACGCCAGUUCCAGAUCAGAGUUUGUGAAGCGGAAUAAGACUCGCGUGACCCCGUUCGAGAACUCGUUGACGAGAGGUCUCUACGACGCCAAUCUCACACUCCCCCGAGCUAUGGACCUCGCGCAGCAAGUCGUGUCCCAAGUUAGGAAAGCAAACUCUUCCUCGACUUCUUCUUCCUCCUCCUCUUUCUCUUAUGUUGACAAUCGUGCCUCGAUCACCUCACCGUUCCACUCACGGAACGUACAGCCCUCGAGGAAGGAGCUGCUGUCAACUAACGCGGUUGCAGCGAGAGGUUCUGUUUCAAAAGCGACUGCCAUUUCUGGAGAGGCCCGUGACCCCAUGUCCUUCUCGCGUUCUCCUUACCCAAGCCCAGACUCUGCUGCGCCUCUGAAGUACACCGCCUCAGAAGCUGCUUAUCCCGCUAUCAAACAAGAAGCAGAAACACCCCCGCCCUGCGACGACUUUUCCCCCUCUCCGUUCUCAGCAGUGGGAGCUUCUCAGAGCAUCUCAAAAAUGAAUCCGAGCCCUAAGUACGUGGCACAAAGAGCCAUUGCUUCUUCUCAGCCCCGAACCCCAAGCCUCCCUCCUGUAUCAUCUCCCGGCAGUUUUAUGUCGGACUCCUCACGUCCAGCUUCGUCCUCGUCGUCUCUAGCCAUACUCGAGGGUACCCGGACCCUCCAGACCUCGAGUUCAGAGGUCAGGCUGUUGACCCCCGGAAGCGACCUAGACUCAGACAAUGUUCCCAGCAGUAGUGGCGUGAGUCGCCUUGCUAUGGCUUCUAAAGGCGGAAAUAAUGCUGGAGCGGAGCCCAGCUUGAGAAGCCAGUCGAGUGCCAGUGUCGGAAGUUCCGAGUCCUCUUCCUCAUCCUCCCAGCGGUCGUUUGACCCCUACACGAACGAGCAGACCCUGGUGUACAUCAAUGAGAUGUUCCUGGUGGUGGAUACGCUCACAGACUCCAGCUGCAGCCCGAGCGGCCGGCCAGCCAGGAGCAAGUCUUCCACAGAGCUGGACGCUCUUGACAGCAUGUUCACCAACGUCUACGGCUACUCCCCCGCCAAGGUGACCCAGUUCUGGAAGAACCUGUACUCUUACAUGCCUCGCAUCGACCCUGAAAGAUGGUGCUCUAUCCUGACUCCUGGACAGCUGGACUGGCUGAACGACAUCACCCACAGCUAUGUGGCGCAGGUGGAAGCGUGUGACGAGGACACGAACCCACCGUCUGUCAACACCAACCAGAUGGAAAUCUGGCCUCCCAGGGGUGAAGACACCAAUCACUGGAAACAUUUCCAGGAACGAGUGGCGAGACAGACCUAUGCUGAAGCACAGUUUGUGCUCAAGUUGCCAGGUAUGGACAAAAUUCACCCAAAAGAUCGUGUGAAACUGGGUAACAAUACACGUCUGUUUGGCAACACUAUUUUGAUGGCAUCGCGGGAGUGGUUUGAUCCAGUGAGAAAAAAGUUCAAAUUUUUCUGGAACUGGAAGUUACCUCAGGAGCACCCACUGAGUGCGUUCCGCAGCAGGAUUGUGAAGACGGGAAGUCGUAUCUUCAACCUGCACAUGGACAGAACAGAAGUAGCUCUCCUGUCUGCGCUCAACAUCAUGAGUCCUGAGAACUCAACAUUCCAGAACUUGCCUCAAAUAACGGAGCAUACCCAGACCCUGAUGAAAGUUCUCUGUUAUUAUUUAUCCACAAUCAAUGUGGAUCCUGAUGACCGAAUCCCAGAACUUCUGUCUGUGAUGCCCAAGGUGCGGCACAUGAGCAUGUGGUACUCCAACCUGAUCCGGAACAUGCGGGCUGACCCUAGCAGCAUGGACAAGACUCUGCAGGACCUCACCCAGAUGGCAGCAAAAGUUUCCGCAGGAACCCGCCAGGCUGACCGGAAUGGGUGCCGGCAAAAAAAAGCUUUACCAGAGCUCGAGGAGACUUGAGAUCUUGAGUGCUCACCCACAGUAGGUUGUGAUGAGUGUCAUGGAGUGGUAUUUCCUCUCUUGUCAGGCGUGCUCCAUAUUGCUGCAGUGUCUCUGUUGUUAGUGUAUUGAUGUAAUUGGGGUUGAAAAUGACUUAAAAUGACACUAAAAUCUGAGAAAGCUAUCUCCUCCCUCCACUGAUUAAAAAAAACCUAGAGACCCCUUGGUGAUCUAUGGAAGAGAAGUCUUUGAUGGGAACUUUUUUAAACUGUAUUUUGUGCAGAAAACCUCUCUACUCUGACCACUGUAAAUCAACCUUCACCUCAUCUACUGUAAAAAGCUGUAAGACCUGAGAGAGUGGGUUUGUUUGGGGUUGUUUUUUUUUAUUCAACUGUGAGGCAUGAAGCAGAAGAGCAAAAAACUUGGCGAGAGCUGACUUCUUGAAAUCAGCAGUGAUACUGUACAUGGACAAAACUUUUCCACUUCUCCUGGGCAUAGCAUCAGUGUAAGAGGCACAGCAAGUUACAUUCCUGUUGCCUUGAGGUCACAUGUGAGCAUUUUGCUUACACAUAAACUACUAGAUCAUGGUAAUCAGACCUCGCAGGUGUAAGAAGGAAAGACUUUCUUGCCUCUGCAUCAGGAUUACAUAAAGACAAAAUGCUGAUGUGUAAACAGAAUUCAUACAAAAGGCAGCUAGAGUGGCCUUCACUUUCAUGUCAGUUCAUAGGAUUGUGUCUUCAGUCUAGUCUGGCACUGCUACAGUAUGCUAUAGGCAGGGGAACAAGUGCUGCAGUGCGCUAUAGGCUACAGGCAGGGGAAAGAGGUGGGAUGGAUGAAGCUCAUCCACAAAGUUAUGUCUCUUCACUAGUGGGCAGCCAAGACUUUGAAAAACAAAGACGUUAUGAUGGAAAUUUUGUAUGGCACUUGUUUUCUGUGUGCUGCAUCAUUUCUCUCAUCGCCUGCUUCCUUGGUCUCUUGCAAUCAUACCACAUGAUUACAGAGUGUAUCUUAUCUUGUUUCUGAUUACAGAGUUUAUCAUAACUUGUUUCUGUGUCUUAUUAACCUAAUGUAUGGAGAGAAAAAAUAAAGUGCAAUAUUGUAAGUUUUGUUAGAGAUGGGUUUGUGCCAUUGUGAAUUUUUUUUUUUUUUGAAAGUUUUUUCUUUUGAAAGUCCGUUUGGAAAUUCUUUUGUUCUUUUUGAGAAUGUGAAUCGAGGAAUCAGGAACUUUGUUGUGUGUACUUAAUGAGCUUUAGAAGUGAAUGUCUUCAGGUUUGAGUGAUCUCACAAGAGUUGUGUUUUGUGUUACUAUUGAUGAUUGGAUUUACUGGUAAAUUUUGUAACCAAACUUUUGAUCAACAACCUCUUAUUUAUUGUUAUUCGACAUAAAUAGUGUCAAUGUGUUUUAUCUUUGCGAAAUUAUGACAUGCUUUAUUUUGCUUGAGAAAUGAUCAGCAGAAAAGUGUUGCACAAAGGAUUUCCCAAGUACCUGAAAGGAAUGAGUUCUUAUAGUAUGUGGUGCAGUUUUAAUCAGACUGGUUUGUAUUGUAGUGCAACAUACAGGAUAGAUGUAUUCUAUGUGGUUUAUUCAUCCACACUUCAGUUUGAAAACAGGACAUUUGACAGAAAUUUAGAUAUAGCAAACAUUGUCUAUUUCCAAUUUCAUUAAGGUAAAAUACAGUCCUUUUUGCAUACUAAACGUAUAUAAAUUGUUAUCUGCCUGAGAACUUCAGUGUACCAGUUUGCUGUAAGUGUCUUUUGAUUAUAAUUUUUAAAGUAAUUUAGCAUUCCAUUUCUCCUCAGUGUACAUUUAAUGCCUUCGAUUCAUGUGAUGUGGUUUUGAUGGAUUGAAUAAUAUAAUGUACAGUGGACUAAACAAUAUUUGUUGGGAUUACUGCCAGUUCUGAUAAUGAUUAUCAAUAAAUUCUUUAUGUGAAUCCUUCUUUGUUAAUGUUUUUAUUGUUCAUUGUUUGUUUACUUUUAAAACAUAUUUAUCAUCCCGCCAUAAGACUUGCACUUCAGAUGCGCUAUGCUAUAUAUAUAUAUUUAUAUAUAUAUUAAUGUAUAUAUGUGUGUGUUGGUGUGUGUGUGUGUGUGUAUAUGUGUGUGUGUCUGUGUGUGUGUGAAAAUAGACCUACUUUCUUUUUUCAAUUGCUCUGGUUUUUGUUUGUCCAUGCAUCGUAUAAGAACACUUGAGCUAGAACUGUAGGAAAGUUUGUAAUUGCGGCUGGGUCUGAUUAUGUGUUCUGUCCUUUUUGUUACAUACACUUCCUGUCCAGGUCAGUCUUAAAAUUUAAAAUAGAAGUGGAAAAAGUGUGAUGGUAAAAAGAAGUUGUUGCCUUAUUUUUAAAACCCCACCCAGAUUUAGGCAAAUACCUUUCAGUCCCUAUUAUGUCAGCGUGCUCAGGUCUUGAUGUGCCCAUCUUCAAACAAUUUGAAAACUAUACUAGAAGAUGCAGGUCUUUUUGUUCUUGUUCAUCUCUCAAAAAAAAUGAGCUCGUGACAGAUAAGAAUGACAACUUUCAUCAUCAUAUGCUGCGUAAGUCAGAUUUUGGUCAAAAUAAAAUUGCCCCCCCCCCUUAACAUUCCCCUAUAACCUAAAAACGGUAUAAAUGCACUGACAAAUUUGCAAGUUACAAAGAUUAAAAGUAAGUCUUCAUGCUGUGAAUGAGGAAGAGACAUGAAAGUAGAACCUGUUUUUAAAAAAGAUUUCCUUUAAACUACAGGCUACUAAUGCCCUAGGGCUUUAUUGUAACAUGUUGUGGAAAGUGUGUGUACUGAGCCCCAGUUUGUGGCUACUGUUGAACUGAGAGAUUAAGGUUUCACAUGAAAAAGUCUUUGUUAGUGACCAGAUGUGACAUACAAGUCAGCUAUACAUUUGUGUCUCAUUUUCUAUGGAGUAACAUUAUAAUCUUUACAUUGAGAUUUGAAAUAAAGUUGGUUAGUUCAAACACAGAUGUUCAUGAUGGGUCAAAGUCUAAAGGUCAACUUACACCUGGGUGUGGCAGUCAUGUAGCAAGGUUAUCUCUCCAAGGUCAAAGUAAGGUGUCUGUGAGCAUGACCCAAGGUUCAGCUUGGAUGUCACUGACAAGUUGUUCAAAUGUUCUAAACCCAGAGAGAAAAACUGGUUCAUUUCAUUCUUUCAAAAACUGUACCUAUAUUUUGUAUCUUUUCUUACUUUAAAAAAAAUUCAAAAUCUGAGUUUGGACAAAAUAUUUCUCAAGAACAUGCACCGAUCCCGCACAGAUUAUAAAACGGAAUUUUCUUUUAAAAUCAAAUUUGGGAUUUACGCUCUGGUAGACCUAUAUUUUAGCAACUGGCCAACGAUUUAUACAUUAUAGUUAUGGGCUGUGUGAUGUGUUAUGUGUUGAAAAGUUUUAUUUUUCACAUUCUUUUUUUGCUGACAGAAAGAGAAUCCUUUGAUGAAUUUUGUAUGAAAAAUCCAAAUUUCAUUUGAUUCUGGUUUUCAAAUUUUCAUUUUCAUUUCUCAUUCAGACUAAGUCUAGAGUUUCUAUUUUUCCCCCAUUUUAUUGAGAUUAUCAGUACCUGUAAGGCUACCUUGUGAUGAUCAGUGUGUCUUUAAUUCAUUUAAUUCUUUGUUCUAAAGUGUCAUUUAAGAUAGUUUGUCACUGAGUCACUUAGUGCUGCAGCAAGAAUAACUAACUGUACUUUUAGAGUUUUGCGGAAUGAGCUUGCGUCGUGGCUCUAAAAAUGGCGAGAAUUCAGGUUGUUUAUUUUAAAAGGUUUUUUUUUUUUUUAGAGUUCAUUGCUGCUUUAUUUUGAUUAUGAUGCACCAUGUCGUAAAAUGUCAUGCAUUCCUGAAAGUCUCAAGUAGCAAGGACUUCAUGUUUUGAAAGUCUAAAAUGUUGCAAGCAGUUGCCAAUCCUCCCCACAAAGUAUUUAACCUUGCUGUUAUAAGGAGAUAUUCCUGGUUUGUUUGUUUUUUAUCGUGACGAAAUUUUGUUUUUGCUUCUCAACUGUUUGUACAUUUGUAAUUUUUCAAAUAACAUCGAAUCUCAGUUGUUAGCCUAGCUCUGACAGCAGUUUCUCAAUGAAAAUUUCUAGGCAGUGUUUAAGAAUUUUUAAAACCUUUUUCCGUUAAAGAUUGGACAGUGCCAGCAGUGGUUUGGUCCUAAUUAAAUCUUUGCCUUCUCUCAGAAUUUCGAAGUUCUGCUUUAUUCCUUUUUUUCUUCUCAGUACUAUGGCCAUCAUUUUGUUUGUCAGUUAUUAUUUUGUCGGAUACCAGAAACUAAAAUGUCAUGGUCAUAUAUCAUUCCUCCUGCAAAACUGUGAUAGAAUGCCCUGAGAUUUCUCUUCUUGUGCAAGUCCUAUCUGCUUUGUCUGUGUGUGCAUAUUGUACAGGAAGAGAAUGGAAUUGAAAACACUGUCAGAUUAUAUUAUUAUUAUGUGAUUUUGUUUUGUGAUUCAGUUUAAAGAUGUUGUAAAUCUUUACCAACAUUUGGUAUUUGAUAAAUGGUGCACACGCUUGGUCUUUAAUCAUGUUUUGAAACUGAUGAAAUAACUUUUACAAUGAAGAUAUACUUAUCCAAUGUUGAUUUCUCUUUUCAUAUUGUUCGUUAAUGCCUUUUUAUUGUUGUGUACAUGUUUUCUCUCUCUGUUACAAUUACAAUAAAUGAGAAUGGGAGAAAAAGUGAA